AUGAAUCCUUUUCUUGUGCUUGGAUCUAUUCUUUGUUUAGUUUCUCUCUCUUAUGCAAGGGAUAUCAAAAUGGGGAUCUUUCUUCCUUUCACUGGUAGUUGGCCUGGUGGUCCCAAGAUGGCAUCAGCAAUUCUGAUUGCUAGGGACAAAGUAAACAGUGACCCUUACUGGCUACAAGGACAUAACCUGACCUUUGUACUUAAAGACAGCAAAUGUGAAGCAAGCACAUCUCUUGCAACACUGGUGGACUACUACACAAUAGAAAACCCCAAAGUUGAUGUCUACAUUGGCCCUGGAUGUUCAGUUGCAUGUGUCCCUGGUGCCUACAUAGCAGCUCACUGGAAUAUUCCCAUGAUAUCUUGGGGAUGCACAGCUUCAGUACUAUCAGACAAAACACAGUAUCCUUACUUUGUACGGACGGCUGGCACAUACACUGGUUUGGGAGAUCUCUUAAGGGCCUUCUUAGAAAACUACAAAUGGGAUCGCAUAGGCUUCAUGUCUUCAACAGAAACAGUUUUUUCGGAGGCUGCUAAUACAGCAAAGGUCACCCUUGAGAGAGAUGGCAAAUAUUCAGUACCCUUUUUUGGUAGCUUUGCUCCUGGAGCAACUGACCUCUUCAAACUUAAAUCCAUGGUCAGGUCAAUGGCAACCAAGGCACAUGUUUUCAUGUUACUUUGCUAUGGUAAUGCUAUGAGAAGUCUAAUGCUUAUCUUCAAUGAGCUGGGCCUGUUGAAUGGGAAAUAUGUGAUAGUUGCCUUGGAGACACUUUAUGAUUCAUGCCAAGCUGGUGAUGCCAGAGAUGAUGAGGCUUGCAAAGCUUUCGAAGGAAUCAUUGAUGUUAGUCAGUAUAUUCCAGAUUCACAGGAUUAUACAGAUUUUACAACAGCUGUUUACAACAGGAUGCCUGAAAUGAACUACUCAAUGAAUGCACCUAACGAAACUAACAUCUAUGCUGCAUACCUUCAUGAUGCCAUUCUUUUGUAUGCAUAUGCCCUAAAUGAAUCUUUGACCCAAGGUGUGGCCAUAACUGAAGGGGCAAAUGUGUCAAAGUCAAUGAUAGGAAAGCAAUUCCUAGGCGUAUCAGGUCCUGUUGGUAUUGAUGAAAAGGGAGACAGAGUUGCCUCUUAUAGGCUGCAAUCAUUUCUACCUGGCAUGUCAAGUGUAAGAGUUGCAAAUUUCUUUGGCACAACUGGAGAACUUCAGCUUUUGAAUCAAACUAUCCUGUGGCCUGGUGGUGCCACAGAGAUUCCUCUUGGAAGACCAGCAUGUGGUUUUGACAAUGAAUUUUGCGAAGAGGCCACAAAAGAGGAGGAUCCUACUUGGCCAUACAUCUUGGCAGGAUGUCUUACCUUUGUUUUAGUUGUUUCAAUUCUGGUUGGGUUUUUAUUGUGGCAGAGGAAACAAGCUUUUGAAGCAUCACUGUUGGCUCAAACAUGGAAAGUGAAAUAUGAUGACAUAAAAUGGCCAAAGAAUAAAGGAAAGCUAGGGAGUAGAAAGAGUGGGCAAAGUAUGGCAGCAGCAAGUGAGCGUGGCUCUAUAGAGGACCUUCGAGGACAAAUAUUCACUGUUCUUGGAAUUUAUGAGGGGAAUUUAGUGGCUGUCAAAAGAUUACAGAAGGCCAAAGUUGCUCUGGAACGUGAAGUGCUGUUGGAACUGAAAGAGAUGAAAGAUAUCAACCAUCAAAAUGUUAACACAUUCAUUGGUGCCUGUAUUGAUCCUGGAAACAUCUGCAUCUUAACCCAGUACUGCAACAAAGGAAGUCUCCAGGAUGUGUUGCAUAAUGACAGCUUGAAGUUGGAUUGGAUGUUUCAGAUGUCCAUUUCAUCGGACAUUGCAAAGGGCAUGCACUUCCUGCAGAAUAGUCCAGUUCAGAUACAUGGCAACUUAAAGUCAUCAAAUGUGUUGAUUGACAGCCGCUGGACAUGCAAACUAACCGACCAUGGGUUGUUUCUCUUCAAAGAAGGACAGGAGAUUGAUGUGGAAGCUGGUGAAGAUUCCAAGUAUUAUGACAAUCUUUGGAAAGCACCAGAACACAUCCUCAAUGACCAGUAUCCUCAUUCUCAACCUGGAGAUGUGUACAGCUAUGGAAUCAUCCUUUCUGAAAUUGUAACUCGUGGUUUACCCUUCAGCAUGUAUGAGGACUUGUCAGCUCAGGCUGUUGUUGAGCGUGUUAAAAAAGGAGAGAUCCCAUCCUUCCGCCCACGUAUCACCAAGGACACUGUAGGACAUACUCUCUAUGUUGACAUGAUGAAACUGUGCUGGGAUCAGGACCCACUCGCUAGGCCUAAGUUUUCGGACUGCAUCAAAUAUCUUAAGCAGAUGAACAAAGGAAAGGACUUCAACAUUAUGGAUACUAUGAUCACCAUGAUGGAAAAGUACACAGAUCACUUGGAAGACAUUGUCGCUGAGCGAACAGCUGAGCUUGCAGCUGAGAAAGCAAAGACUGACGAGCUUUUGUACAGGAUGCUUCCAAAGUCUGUGGCAGAGGAACUUAAGAGAGGGCAGCCUGUUACUGCCGAAACCUUUGAUUCCGCUACACUUUUUUUCAGUGAUAUCGUUGGUUUCACUAAGCUAGCAUCUGAGAGCACGCCCUUACAGAUUGUUGACUUGCUUAACGACCUGUACACUUGCUUUGACGAAAUCAUUGACAUGCAUGAUGUCUACAAGGUUGAGACCAUUGGUGAUGCCUACGUGGUCGCUUCCGGGCUGCCAAACAGGAAUGGAAUCAGACAUGCUGGCGAGAUCAGUAACAUGUCCUUAGAUUUGCUGUCAGCAAUGACUACUUUUAAAAUAAGGCAUGUUCCAGGAAGGCAGCUACAGCUCAGAAUUGGGAUUCAUACAGGUCCCGUGGUUGCCGGGGUUGUUGGUCUCAAAAUGCCGCGGUAUUGCCUGUUUGGUGACACGGUCAACUAUGCGUCAAGAAUGGAGUCUUCCGGUUUGGCUCUUCGAAUUCACGUGAGUCCUGAAUGCAAAGAAGUUCUUGAUAAACUUGGUGGAUACGUGUUGCAAGAAAGAGGUUUCGUUGAAAUGAAGGGCAAGGGGAGUAUCCUUACGUAUUUCUUAAAAACAAGAGAAGGAUUUGACAAACCUCUUCCGGAUCUCUCCAUGGCGGCUGGCAUGGAAGAGCACUCUUUUAAGUAGAUGCACGCCAUGAAACUCUUUUUCUUCCUUUACCUCCCGUAGAGUCAUUUUACUGGAAACACGAACAUUUGUUUGAUAGACUUGUUUUUUAAAAAACCUGCUAGGUUUGUUUCGAGCUUACGUGUCCAUUCACUGUAGUUUUAUCUUGGUCUCAGUGUCUUCAUUUAAAACUGUUAGACAAAAUAAGAAGACUCUUAAACGUGCUUACUCGGUACAAAGCCUAAAGUUAAAACUCCGUCGUCAUGAAAUGUCAUCGUUCUGAAAGAUUAAUUAGAGGGCAUGCUUACGGGGUCUUACAAGGAUAUUUUGGAUUAUUAAAAAUCUCAUUCUUA